CCCAAAUUCCUAUAAAACUCGACCGAAACCCAGUGGAGAGAGCAACCUGAAAAAAAUAAUAGAGAGAGAAGAAAUGGCGGACAAACCUUCUGCGAAGAGAUGGCUUCCUCUUGAAGCUAACCCUGAUGUUAUGAACCAGUUUCUAUGGGGGCUUGGUGUUGCACCUCAUGAGGCAGAGUGCUUUGAUGUUUACGGACUCGAUGACGAACUCUUAGAAAUGGUACCGAAGCCUGUUCUUGCUGUGUUGUUCCUCUACCCCUUAACCAAACAGAGUGAAGAAGAGAGAAUCGAACAAGAUAGUGCAAUCAAGGACUUAAGCAGUGAAGUUUACUUUAUGAAGCAAACUGUUGGAAAUGCAUGUGGAACCAUUGGGCUUCUUCAUGCUGUCGGAAACAUCACUUCUGAGAUAAAUCUUGUUGACGGGUCUUACCUGGACAAGUUCUUCAAAUCCACUGCAAAAAUGAACCCCUCAGAGCGUGCCACAUUUCUUGAAAAUGAUAGAGAAAUGGAAGUUGCUCAUUCAGUUGCAGCAACUGCUGGCGAGACAGAGGCAUCAGACAAUGUAGAUACACACUUCAUCUGUUUUUCAUGCGCUAAUGGACAACUUUAUGAGCUUGAUGGGAGGAGGGCUGGACCAAUUUCACACGGUGCAUCUUCUACAAGCACGUUAUUGAAGGAUGCUGCUAAGGUUAUCCAAAAGAUUAUCCAGAAAAAUCCCGACUCAAUCAACUUCAAUGUCAUUGCUAUUUCGAAGAAAACCGGAGAACUGGAAUGAUUUGACCAGCACAUGAAAUGAGGACCUUUUGUUUUUCGGCUUUGAGCUUCUUGACUUGAUAUAAAUGUUUCUGACCAGGUCUCUUUGCUAUCUUAGCUACUUCGAUUAUCUGCUUUGUCAGCCCUUGCUAUUUCAAAUGACAUAUUCCAUAUCUUUUCUUACAUCUUUGUUCUUUCAACAUGAAUUCCGUUGCAUCAAAUUGAAUGGGUUGGGUGAUAA